AUGAAGGCCAAUCAAACGCCACUACCCCAGCUGAUACAAGCCGAGAAGCAGGCGGCUGAUAUAAUUUUCGAAGCUCGAAAACGCAAACGUUUACUUUUGAAUAGAGCCAAGAAUGUAGCAGUUAAAGAAGUGGAAACUUAUCAUGGCGAACGUGAGGUUAUACUAAAUGCACUUAAUGAAAGUGUACAAGAAUCCAUUGGGAUAACACAGCGUAGAGUCGAGCAAGCAACAAAGGAAAAAAUUGCUAAAAUUGAUGCGCAAGUGGAAACAAAUCGUGAAGCUGUGGUCAAAAUGAUAUUGAAAUUGAUGAACGAUUUUGUGCCGGAAGUGCAUAGAAAUUAUCUAUUUUUAAAGGAUCAAAAGCAAAAGUAG